ACGAUUUGAUCAUGGCUUUUAGAUUCGGCUUCAUUUGGUCGUCGUUUACUCGCUUCACCCGUUUGGUUCUCUAACAAACUUGUUUUGCUAUCGUGUUUCUUUCAAGGCAGUUUUAAAUUAACUUAAAACUUCAUCGUGUUUUACUAGGACGCGUCUAUUUUGUCUAUUGAUUUGAAACACCCUUUUGAUUGUGUGAUUGUUCUUUAGAAACAGAAAGUUAUUUAGUUGAAUUUGACAUGGAUCAUCACAUGCCGCCCGGCUACGGCCAGGAGAAUUACAUGUAUGGAGAUCCUCCAAUGUCCUUCCAGGGUAAUGCUGUCGGUAUGUAUGGAUCAGGUGCUAGACCGAUGUCACCUCCUCCAGGUGAUGAAGACAUUCCGACCCAUGAACAUCUCCCAUCAGCACUUGAAGAAGUCCUUGCUUACAAAGAAUACCGAGUACGAGAAACGGGCCACUCUGGAGAGGUUGAUAACAUUAUUAAUGAAAUCCCUGUCAAAACAGUAAUAGAAACUGAAGGAACUAUUGAAGAGAGGAAAGAUGAUUUUGGUGGGGAAGAAAACAUUGAAGAAAAAACUAAAACUCAGAGAAAUCAAAAGAAGAAAAAGAAGAAGAAGCGCACAAAGAGACAUCAACAGAAAGAAGAAGAAGAAGAAAAUGAAAGGAAUGAUGAUGCUGAAGAACCUCCACAAGUGGAUAUCGAGUAUGUCCAGGAAGAAAUCAUUUAUGACGACAAAAAUCCUUUCUACCGACAGUUUGCCAAAAUCUUCGAAGCAUUUAAAAUCAUAGAUGAAAAAACUGCAAAGAAAGCUGAAGAAGAUGAAGCGAAAAAGAAAGAACUUCAAAGAAGUUUAGAACUAAAGAAGGUCCCCAAGUUUGCAGAAGAGGAAGAUUUGGAGGAGAAAAAGGAAAAUGCUGAUGAUGACAAACCAAAAGUUUCAAAAAGAAAACUAAAACAACUUACUCGACUAAGUGUGGCCGAUUUGAAGCAAUGUGUUGCCAGACCAGACGUCGUAGAGAUGCACGAUGUUACUGCUAGAGACCCCAAACUGUUAGUUCUUUUGAAAGCAACCAGAAAUUCGGUCCCAGUUCCUCGACAUUGGUGUGCGAAGCGCAAGUAUUUACAGGGAAAACGUGGAAUAGAAAAGCCUCCUUUCAAUUUGCCCGAUUUCAUCAAAAAGACCGGAAUCAUGGAAAUGCGAGCUGCUUUGCAGGAAAAGGAAGAGUCAAAAACACUUAAAGCUAAAAUGCGUGAGCGUGUUCGACCCAAGAUGGGGCGUGUUGAUAUUGACUAUCAAAAGUUGCAUGACGCUUUCUUCAAAUGGCAAACCAAACCCAAGAUGACGAUUAUGGGUGAUUUAUACUAUGAAGGAAAAGAAUUUGAAACUCGAAUGAAAGACAAAAAACCCGGAGAGUUGUCUGACGAACUGCGAACUGCUCUCGGAAUGCCUGUUGGUCCUAGUUCAAACAAAAUUCCUCCUCCUUGGUUGAUCGCCAUGCAAAGAUAUGGUCCACCACCGUCUUACCCUAACUUGAAGAUUCCGGGAUUGAACGCUCCAAUUCCUGAUGGGUCUUCCUUUGGCUACCAUGCCGGAGGUUGGGGAAAACCUCCUGUCGACGAAUUCGGGCGGCCUCUGUACGGCGAUGUUUUUGGAUUGACUGGAAUCGCAGGCGAUACAAUUUUACUCGACGAAGAAGUUGAUCGUACCUUGUGGGGUGAACUUGAAUCGGAAGAAGAGGAGGAGGAAGUUGAGGAGAGUGAAGAGGAGGAAGGAGAGGACGAAGAAGGCGCCAUUGAUCAAUCAGGUCUGGUUACUCCUGCCGAAGGACUUGCUACUCCUUCGGGAUUCUCAUCUGUACCUGCUGGUCUGGAAACACCAGAUAUGAUUGAGCUACGAAAGAAAAAGAUUGAAGCAGAGAUGGAGAGUAACGAAACGCCUCAGCUGUAUACCGUCCUUCCAGAAAAGCGAACGGAUAGAAUCGGUCAAGCGAUGAUGGGAUCUACCCAUGUAUAUGAUAUCGCUUCAGCUACGACCACUCAGAAGAGUAGUGGUGGUGUGGAACUUAGUUUGGAUCCCUCCGAGUUGGAAGGUUUGGACUCUGAAUCAAUGGCCGCUCGUUAUGAACAAACAUUGCGGGAGCAACAAGGCAACUUGGCUAAGGAAGAUUUCAGUGACAUGGUGGCUGAACAUGCCGCCAAGCAGAAGAGCAAGAGAAAGAGACAACAACAACAGACGGACACUAAACAGGCCAAGAAAUACAAAGAGUUCAAAUUUUAACAUCCCUUCUGAAGCAUUAAAAAUCUUAUACCGCCACAUAUCUCCUCCCACACACAAAAGAAGAAAUUCCGGUACAGCAUGUUUGUAUUAACUAUAUAGCAUUAAACUACAG